CACUUUGCUUUUCCCGAAGGCUGCUCCUCCGUCGUCGAGCUGAUCACACCCACAGUUGAGCUGCGCUGGCCAGAGAUGCCUGCCCACAGCCUGGCAAUGAGCAGCCCGACCCUCCCGGCCUUCCUGCUUUGCAGCACACUGCUGGUCAUCAAGAUGUAUGUGGUGGCCAUCAUCACAGGCCAAGUGAGGCUGCGGAAGAAGGCCUUUGCCAACCCCGAGGACGCCCUGAGACAUGGAGGCCUCCAGUAUUGCCGGAGUGACCCCGACGUGGAGCGCUGCCUCAGGGCCCACCGGAACGACAUGGAGACCAUCUACCCCUUCCUUUUCCUGGGCUUCGUCUACACCUUUCUGGGUCCUAACCCUUUUGUCGCCUGGAUGCACUUCCUGGUCUUCCUCCUGGGCCGCGUGGUGCACACUGUGGCCUACCUGGGAAAGCUUCGGGCACCCAUCCGCUCCGUGACCUACACCCUGGCCCAGCUCCCCUGUGCCUCCAUGGCUCUGCAGAUCCUCUGGGAAGCGGCCCACCACCUGUGACCAGCAGCAGACGCCUCCUUGGUCACUAGACCAUAGGCCAAGAGCCACCGUGGCUGUACCUGGGGACUUGAUGUUCCUUCCAGAUUGUGGUGGGCCCUGAGUCCUGGUUUCCUGGCAGCCUGCUGCAUGUUGGGGGGGUCUCUGGGCCCAGUGGGCCUGUGUGUGAGUGCGUGCAUGUGUGUGUGUGUGUGUGUGUGUGUGUGUGUGUGUGUGUGUGUUUCUUAGCCCCUUGGAUUCCUGAAUGAAGUGGUUGAUGGAAACCAUUUCAGGACAGAUUGUGAAGACUGAUAGAAAAUCCUUCAGCUAAAAUAACAGAGCAUCAAAAACAUCACUCCCUCACUCUCCCUAAGAGUGAAAAGCGUGAAGAGAGACUCUAUUUAAAAUUCCCAAAUCAAAUGAUCAUCUGAAUCCUGGGCUAAGAAUGCAGACUUUUCAGACUUACCCCAGAGAUUCUGGCCCAGCCAAUCUGGAUUUUUUUUCCCUCAGGAUGGAGUCUUGUUCUUUUGUCCAGGCUGGAGUGAAAUGGUGCAAUCUUGGUUCACUGCAGCCUGCACCUCCUGGGUUCAAGUGAUCCUCCCACCUCAGCCUCCUGAGUAGCUGGGAUUACAGGCGGGUGCUACCAAGCCUGGCUAAUUUUUGCAUUUUUAGUAGAGAUGGGGUUUCGCCAUGUUGGCCAGGUUGGUCUCAAACUCCUGGCCUCAAGUGAUCCACCAGCCUUGGCCUCCCAAAGUGCUGGGAUUACAGGUGUGAGCCACCACGCCGGGCCACCAUCUGGAGUUUCAAGAGGCUUCCAUGUGAGUCUCUGUGAUGGCUGGGCCAGGAAGCCCCUGCCAGUUCUCUGUGGAAGCAAGGCUGGGGUCUUGGGGUCCUGCAUGGUGGAAGCUGAGUGAGCCAAGGGCAGGGCUGGAUCCUCCACCCUCUCUGACGCUUCCCUUGGCGUUGGCCUUGGCCUUGGCUUUGGGUGUCUUUGAUAGCUGGAGUCUUCUCUCUGGCUCAGGGGUGCGUGGGAGGGGCCACAGGAAGCUUAGCCAUCUCCCAAGGCUUGAGUCCCUCCAAAGUGCUGUGGGUGGAGGACAGGGAGCUUUGGGUGACAAGCCACUCAAAGGAAUUUUCUGGUCCCUUCAGUAUCUUCAAGGUUUGGAAACUGCAGAUGUCCUCUCAAUGGAGAAUCCGUGUGUGUGUGUGUGUGUGUGUGUACAUGUGUUGUGUUGUGUGUGUGUGGUUUCUCCUAGAUCCCUGAACUCAGAUGUGUGGUUUUUGUUCAUUAAAUGGAAGUGUCUGUCUA